AUGUUUCAAGGCAUCGCGCGUGCGCACGAUGAAGCCACCCAAGACCGGAUCGGUACAGCGAAAUUUAUUGCUCAAAUGAUCGUCAUCGGUGCUCAAGUAGUGGGACGUGCUUUCACUCAAGCCUUACGUCAAGAAUUUGCGAGCAGUCAGGCUGCCAGGAAAGCUGCCGACUCAACUGGCACCAAAGAGGCAGCUAGGAAUAGCCUGCUUGGAAUGUCCUUAUCUGAGGCAAAGAAAGUUUUAAAUAUCCAAAAGUUAGAUCCGGAGCUGAUACAGAAGAGUUUUGAUCAUUUGUUCAAAGUCAACGAUAAAACUGCAGGUGGAUCAUUUUACUUACAAUCGAAGGUGUAUCGUGCUAAAGAGAGAAUUGACGCAGAAAUUUCGAAAGAUGCUAAGAGUGAUAACGUCAAUUCAGAUGGCAAAACCUCAUCAGACGGCAAAGCCACAUCAGAUGGCAAAACCGAGUAA